UGGGAAUAAUGUUACAUGGUGAGCUGGUGUGAGUCAGUUUUGUUUCAGUUGAACUGUUACUGAUGUUUGUCACGUUUAGCUGUGUGUAGCAUUUGACUUGAGUGUAUCAGUGUAACUUGCACUGACUAUCGCCAUGGAGGCCUCCAGGUGUAUGAUCAUCUAAACAGUACUGACCAUAAGAUCCACAAGCUACAUAGAAGUUACGAUGGAGAGUUCAGUUAAACAUGGCCUCUUUAUUUUUCUUCUCUUGUUGUGGAAAUUCUUGGAUUGAGCCAUUCAGGAAGUGCCACAAGAAACCAAAAACUCUACAAUAUGCAAUACCACAAACAAUUCCUCGGCGAUGUUGUCCUGCUCCUCGGAUUCCUGGUAUCACGUGAUCCAAGAGCUGUAUUCGCCAGUCAGCAGUAACUGUUCGUUAAACAACACCAACAACAGUUUACAAGAAAAAAGUGAGACCGGCCUCAGCGUGUCCUGCGCUGGUCCUGCCAACAGCAGCGUCUGUAACGAGUCUGUGACGAGAGGUACAAAGGGCUUCAACGAGGCUUUGGUGGCGGUGACCUACGAAUGUAUCAACGUGAGCAAAAUCUACAAGCUGUGCUUCAAGCAGGAAGUGAACCUGGAAGGACAAGUCUACCUGGCCUCACCAUUAAUGUUCACAUCAUCUGAAAAAAGUUCAUUUAAUAGUUGUGUCUGCGAAAUAACUGGUGCUUCGAAAGCCGAAGUUUUGUACGCGGAUGUGGAUAACUCCAAUGUGAACAUCACUUGUGGCAACUGGAGUAGACAUGAAUUCUUGUUUCAACCUACUGUAGUUAACACCGACCUGAGCUUGCAAAGCAAACCAUGCACGAUGAGAAUCAUCUACCGUGACGAUAACAGAAGUGGCUCGAAAGGUCGAGUGUGGAUGAAAGUAUCCGGCGGCAACAUGACACUUAACUGCAGCGAACAGCCACCAGACUCUGUAUUCACUCUGUCAACAACAACCACAGCGACGAUGUCUGCAACGACGUCUUCCUCCACCAAAACAUCUUUGACGACAAGUUUCACAUCUCAAGAGUCCUCUCCGGAUUCCACUGUGACUUCUUCAAGAUGUUCGUCUUCGAAUAUGUCGUCUCCUGCCUCUUGUAUAUCGUUACAGAUGUCCAACAACUCUACCACCUCACAGCCCGUUUCCAGUUCCUUGCCGCCCACACUUAGCACAUCACAGUCCCUCUCUAGCAUAUCACAGCCGGUUACCGCCACCUCACAGCCGGUUUCCACCACUACAAAACCAGUCUCCACCACCUCACAGCCGGUUUCCACCACUACAAAACCAGUCUCCACACCUCACAGCCGGUUUCCACCACUACAAAACCAGUCUCCACCACCUCACAGCCGGUUUCCACCACUACAAAACCAGUCUCCACCACCUCACAGCCGGUUUCCACCACUACAAAACCAGUCUCCACCACCUCACAGCCGGUUUCCACCACUACAAAACCAGUCUCCACCACCUCACAGCCGGUGUCCACCGCCUCACAGCCGGUUUCCACCACUACAAAACCAGUCUCCACCACCACACAGCCGGUCUCCACCAGCGCUCAGUCUACCUCUAGCACGUCUCUAUACACUUCUGACAUCUCGCAGUCCGCCUGGACAGCCCCCAUCUACCUCAUUGUUCCGGUCGUUGUGGGAGGCGUGGCUCUCAUUGCCAUCGUCGUUGCCAUUCUAA